AUGCCCGUAGAGCCGAUGCUCCCGGGAGAGCUCGCACCGGACCAUGAACAUCACCACCAUCACCAGAGGCGGUCACGCUCGCUGCGCGAACGGUCAUCCUCCCGGAGCACGGGCGGACGAUCGGGCCUGAGAGAGAAGCUGGGACUUGCCGGAAUCGCGCGACGGACGCUGGGGAUAACGCUUCUCCUGGUUACGGUGUUCUUGUGGACAUUGUCGAACUUCCUCGCUAGUUCCAUCUUCUCCGAUAAUACCUACAACAAGCCGUUCUUCCUGGUUUACUUGAACACGUCCAUGUUCGCUAUCUCACUCAUUCCAAUGCUCAUAAAGUACUGUCAUCAACAUGGGGUAUCAGGGCUCAUCUCAUCAGCGAGGGAAUUAUGGCAGCACCGUGGUGACUUUCGCAGACCACUUAAGACGCAGCAGGAGGAGGAGGACGCUACGGCCGGGGAAAGAUUGCUCGUUGACGACGAGGGCAGCCUGGGGCUGAUGGGCGAGAGCCAAGAGGAGGAGAAACUCAGCCUGCGAGAGACAGCCUGGCUCAGUCUCGAGUUCUGCAUGCUUUGGUUCGUAGCUAACUACUUCGCCUCCGCAUGCCUUGAGUAUACGAGCGUGGGCAGCGUCACGAUUUUGACAUCGACGAGUAGCGUGUGGACGCUCGUAUUCUGCGCGGUCAUGCGCGUCGAGGGCUUCACCGUGCGCAAGCUGGUUGGCGUACUGGCCUCGCUGGCUGGCGUCAUCCUGAUCUCGACGGUGGACCUGUCGGGCGAGAGCGACGAGAACCGCGGCAACUUCCCGCACAAGUCACAGGCGCAGAUCGCCAUAGGUGACUCGAUGGCUUUCUUCAGCGCCAUCAUCUAUGGCAUGUACGUCACGGUGAUGAAGAGCCGCGUGGGGAAUGAAGAUCGUGUCAACAUGCCGCUGUUCUUUGGCCUCGUAGGCUUGUACAACGUGCUUUUUCUCUGGCCUGGUUUCUUCAUCUUGCACUGGACGGGCAUUGAACCCUUUGAGAUGCCGCCGACUGGGAAAAUUUGGUCGAUUAUUCUGAUCAACUCGAUAUCGUCAUUCUGA